AUGGGCCUGGCGGGCGCCGCCGAGCGGCGGACGGCGGCGGGUGCGGCACUGUCGGCCGCCGCGCUCUACGGCUCGCGCGGGCGAUGGGUGCCGGCUACGGCGGCAGCGCUACCGGGGUCGGGCGCCACCACCGCGCCCACGGCCGUCAGCUGCAUCGGCGACAGCCACACGCGCGGUGUGCAGGGCGCUCCGUGGGUCCCUGCACUCGAGGCCAUGCUGGGGCGGCCCUGCCGCAACCACGGCAAGGACGGGGAGUCCGUCGCCGCAGCGGCGCGCCGCCUGCCGUCGCUGCCCAUCGGUGAGGAUGCCGUGGUGCUGGUGGGGACCAACGACGCCCUGCUGGAGCUGGCCACGAGGGCCGGGAACUCCAGGACCGCGCGGAUGCUGCGCGUGAGCAACGGCCUCCCCGCGGAGUACGAGCCCUCCGCGCGCAUCUUUGGGCACCUGCUCCGUGGGUUGCUGAGGAGCUGCCCGGCACGCCGUUCGGUAGUCGUCAGCUUGCCUCCCAUCGGCGAGGCGGCGGACGGGCAGGCCGCCGAGGUGGUGGGCGCCUACAACGAGCAGAUCAGGGCGGCGGCCGCAGCCUGCGAGGGCGCGAAGUACGCGCCCUUCGCGGAGGCGCUAGGCCCAGCCUUGCCGCGCAACGGCGGCGGGGUGCCGUUUGACGCCUCGACGGCCGGUUUCGGGCGCUUCGUGCGCGAGAUGGUGUGGCACAGGGCCCGAAGGGCGAUGCCCGCCGCCCCCUCGCUGGACCAGCUUGCCCAGCGGCGCGGCCGCCGGGUGACGCACGACGGGGUCCACCUGACCGAGGCGAGCGCGGCGGUCCUCGCGGACGUGCCUGCCGUACUCGAGCAAGGCUGGUGUGUGUACAGCAGCACCGGCCCCCUGCCCCGCGUGCACGUGCUGCCGCUCUUCCAGUUUUCGCCAGCCUCCGGGAAGGUGUCGGGCCCAGCCGGGGGCGCGGGCCGCCAGCCGGAGCGCGCUAAGGAGAGCCCAAAGCUCCUGUGCCUGGCCCGGCUGCUCCCCGCGCUCCGCGACCGGGGGCGGCGGACGCUCGUCUUCUCGCAGGGGCCGCGCAUGCUGGACCUCGUGGAGGCCCACAUCCUCAAGAGGUACGGGCUUGGCUACCUCCGAAUGGACGGUCAGACUGCCACCAAGAGCCGCGACGACAUAGUGCGGAGGUUCGAAUCGGAGACGGACCGCUUUGCGUUCAUGCUCCUCACGACAGGCGUCGGGGGUACGGGCCUGAACCUCACCAGCGCAGAUAGGGUCGUCAUCAUCGACCCGGCCUGGAACCCAGCGACAGACGCCCAGGCAGUGGACCGGGCCUUCCGCAUCGGCCAGACGCGCGAGGUGCGGGUGUACAGGCUCAUCAUGAGCGGCCUGGUCGAGGACAAAAUGUUCCGGCUGCAGGUUUUCAAGCACGGCCUCACCAGGGCGGCACUGGGCGAAUCGCAGGCGCGGGGCUACUUCACGGCUCGCGAGAUCCGGGGUCUCUUCGACUGGACCCGACCGAUCCUGACCAGGGCGAGACGAGGCGUCUUCUGCAGGACCUCAACCCCGCCGGCGACGCCGCAGUGGUGCAGGCGGCCAAGGAACACGAGGACGGCGCCGAGGACGCGGGCUGGCUCGAGGCCGGCAACGUGGUGGCGCUCAGCAACCUCUCCACGCUGCUCUCGUGCUCUGCUGAAGGGAGCACCGCGUCCCGAAGCGCUUCCUGCGCCAUCUCGGAGGAGAGUCAGGGAGAAGCUGAAGUCCGCGGACGAGCGGGCGCAGUGGCUGACCCAGCGGCGCCAGGAGGCGGAAUCCCACCUGGAGGCGGCAACGAGGGCCUUCGAGGAAGCGACGGAGGGAACGGUGAAGGCGCAGGGGCUGCGGGCGACGGCAGAGAACACACUCGAGGAGAGAAGAGCCAGCCUGGCGAAGGCGCGGCGAGUGCUCGGAGUUGCCGAGAGCAGGGCGGCCUCGGCGUUGUCCCACCAGGAGCAGGCCGCUGCCAGGGACGUGCUCUGGCGAGCCAUCGAGCGGGCGCGCUGUGGCUCCGCCGACGCGGAGAGCGUUCCCUCACGGACGCGUUGCGCAGCGUGGAGGAUUUCUUGGCGGCCUUCGACGAGGAGGGCAACAGCACCGACCGCACGGUGGCGGCCGCAGCCGUUGGCCUCGCCGUCUGCCGCCAGGGCCUGGCCGACGCGGCGCGGGCGCGGGCGGCCGCGCUCCGCGCGCAGGCUGCCGCGGACGAGGGCACGAACGGCGGCGCCGCGGCCGGUGCCGCGCCCGGUGGCGGCGGCAGCAGCAGCAGCAGCAGCAGCGGCGCGGGACCACCCCCUGGGCCGGGCCCUGGCCGUGGCAGCGAUCGGCCCGAUCACCUCCCCGCUGGGGCCCCGCAGGAGGCCCACCAGCAGGAGGUCAGAAAAGCACACAGCUCUGAGACCACGGACGUCGCGGUGA